CUCAAAUCAAAUUAGGGUUUCUGUAAGAUAAACAAAGAUGUCUGUCCUUCGACCUUUAAGACGCCGGGUGGAAACCGUCAUCACGAACGAGCAAAGGACUUCGCUUAACAACGGGAGAAGUAUUUUCGCGUUGAUUGAUGAAUACGAGGAUGACGAUGUCCGUCUGCAGCCAGCGCCUAUGGAGACGCAGCAACUCCAAAACACUCAAGCACACCAAGUUGUGGAAGUCCAAGACUCCAGCGAGGGGGAGGGUUACGGAGACCCUCCUCCUCGUCCUUUCACUUGCAAGGUAUGCGCCAGGCAACAUAAAAGAGCAAAGACUGAAGGCGAGGGUAGUUCCCAACCCGCAAAGGAGACACAGCUUAAGUGCGGCAUAUGCUUCGCCGCGACGACCGAUGGUGGCAAGAAUCACCCUCAUGCGCUCAGCUGUGGUCAUAUUUUUGGGAAGAAUUGCAUUGAUACGUGGAUUAAUGCGCAGAUGCCGUCGACUUGUCCCAUCUGCAAACAAGUCUUGGAAGAUUCACUGUUAAUCCACCUCUUCGUAUCGUCUUCAAGGGAUGACAUGCUAGAGGAGGCUUUGGAGAAAGCAGAUGAGAUAACCACUUUGAAAGCGCAAAACCGUGCUGAGAAGGAGAAACACCAUGCUGAAAAAACGACUCUCAUCGGGUUGAACACCAUGCUGUACAACUGUAUGAAGAACUAUGUCGACGCACUUUCAAUGGGCUGCGGACUGCUUCCCAAGCCUUAGUGAACAAGGCUUCGUUUUUUGAAGAUGAUCGUGUUGCGCAUCUGACGUUGCUCUUGCCUACUUAUUAUUUGCACUCAGAUUUCCCGAAAAUCUUUUUGGAUACUUUUUUAGAUUUCAUGGAAAUCUGUUUAUUUCGAAGUAGCUAUUGACAAGCAUGAUCAAGCAACUCUUGUUUUUGUAAUAUUAUAAGACGCAAACACGACUAAAUCGUUUUAUGGUAUUUUGAAGGGACUAUUUGGUGACUA